UCGGCUCUUCAUAUUCCUAUAGUUACAAUUAUUAUUUUUUAGCCUUAUUUUUAAAUAAUUUUAUAAAAUCACAAUCAUGGCGAUGGCAGAAAAGAAAAACGAGUACCCAGUGUCGGUGGAGGCCGAUAGGCGUUUGCUGGCCUUCGACUCUUGGGAAGACUACUUGGACUCCUUGAUUGAGAUAGCAGAUUUGAGGAACCUCAGGAGUAUAACGACCUCCCGGACUGUUGCUGCUUUGGGUUACAGAGCUAAUGGCGACACCUUGUCCGAGAAAGAGUUCAACCAGCGCCGCGCAUUUAUCCAUGAGAUCGUAUACCCGACGGUGAAACCGUAUGUGCUGGCUAGCGAGGGAGCUGAUGUCAGUGACCCCUUCAACCGGGAGCUUGCAGUACGGGAGAGAGCUAACCGCCUUGGGAUAUUGCAGUCCAUAAUAUUCAUCCGACAUUUCACGAGGGGCGGUUUCGAGAUCUCCGGUUAUAUCGACUACGCGCACCGGCUUAUAUCGGAGAACUGGGUGCCCUUCUUCAGGGCCAACAAGAUGCUGUGGCCUCGGGAUAGUGACCUGGGCUACUACCACUGGCGGCAUGGCACUGUUCGAAGCAAUAUGAGCAGGAAUUAUAAGCCUGUAAUGGACCCGGAAAAAGGGCUGCUCUUCCAAAACCGACACGACCACAAGAUCAUCUGCCCUGACCCUCAGCAGGACCCUGGGCAAAACACCAUGAAGCAGAGGAUCUUCUCCCCGAGAUACACACAAAUCGAGAUCUACGAUCAUGUUGUCAGGAGAAAGAGUUAAACAAAGGGU